AUGUAUUGCACUUAUCGCAUUCAAAAUCCAAUUACUUUUAUAUGCAAAGCUCCUCAUAGUUGUUAAUGUUAAAGGAAAUUAUGUGCUGAAUGCUAAUAUGAACAUGGAGUAGACUUUCAAUAUACAGUUCCAAUUAAAAUUUUUAGAGAAUAGGUUACCAAUAUUUUAAAAGAGACUAAGCUUGAAGAGACAUCUGAGGUAUCUAAUUAAAGAAUGGCUUUUAAAUUCACUAUUUCUCAAACUGAAGCUAUGCUGAAAAAAACUUAGGAAGAAUUAUCAGAAUCAGUCAAAUAAAUAUUUGAUUGGAUUGAAAAGGAAAACUAAUUAUACAUAAGUCUUAUCAAUGAAAAUACUAAUAUAUUAGAAACCUCCUCUGCUGAAAUAGAAAAACUAGUCUCUAUUCUAGAAGGAAAAACUUUAAAUGACUGGAAUGUUCAGAAGAAUUCUGUCAUAAUGGAAUUAGAAAUGGCAAAGAAUUGGUGGGAUCAAGAAAUUAAGGCAUUUGUCUAAAAGUUGAAUGAAGUAAUAAAAAAGAUUUAGUCUUUAUUUUAGUAAGAAGUUUAAAAUUUAUUUUAGAACUCAAUCGAAAAAAGAUAAAGGUGGUAAAAAUAUUUUUGGAGCUAAUUUUGAUUGGAAUAACUUGAAAAUUCAUGAAUUGUAAAAAUUGGAUGGUCAUCAUGAUUGGGUGAAUUCAGUCUGUAUCUCCCCCGAUGGUAAUACAUUAGCAUCUUGUAGUGGAGUAGAAACCCUUUUUGUCUCAGAUAACUCAAUCCGUUUAUGGGAUUUAAAGACUGGAUAAAAAAUAGCUAAAUUAGUUGGUCAUAGUAAAUGGGUAUAGUCAGUUUGUUACUCUCCUGAUGGUACUACAUUAGCAUCUUGUAGUAGAGAUAAGACUAUCCUAUUAUGGGAUGCCAAAACAGGAUAAUAAUUAGCAAAAUUAGAUAAUCAUAUUAAGACAGUUUUAUCAGUCUGCUUCUCUCCUGAUGGUGCUACAUUAGCAUCUGGUAGUGGAGAUAACUCUAUUUAUUUAUGGGAUGUUAAGACAAGAAAAUAAAAAGCCCAAUUGAAUGGUCAUUCUAAGGGAAUCCUUUAAGUCUGUUUCUCUCCUGAUGGUGCUACAUUAGCAUCUUGUAGUGGAGACAAGUCCAUACGUUUAUGGGAUAUUAAGACAGGAUAAUAAAAAGCCAAAUUAGAUGGUCAUAUGAAGACAGUUAUGUCAGUAUGCUUCUCUCCUGAUGGUGCUACAUUAGUAUCUGGUAGUGGAGAUAACUCUAUCCGUUUAUGGGAUGUUAAGACAGGAUAAUAAAAAGCCAAAUUAGAUGGUCAUAGCAAUUGGGUCCUUUCAGUAUGCUUCUCUCCUGAUGGUGCUAUAUUAGCAUCUGGUAGUGAAGAUUUAUCUAUCCGUUUAUGGGAUGUUAAGACAGGAUAAUAAAAAGCCAAAUUAGAUGGUCAUAGUAAUACAGUAGAUUCAAUCUGCUUCUCUCCUGAUGGUACUAUGUUGGCAUCUUGCAGUCGUGAUAAAUCUAUUCGUUUAUGGGGUGCUUAAUGGGAUAAAUGA